ACUUUUACCCACCAUUUUGCAUUUGGUGUCACCGACAAAAUUGUCUCUACUAAAUUCUUAGUUUCGUUUCGUUGAAAUUUUGUUAUUUAUCGAUUCAAAUUCUAAUUAAAACCAUGGCCAAUAAAGUUGAGAGUGAGGCCGCAUUAAAAUUACAGUUGAAAAAUAAGCGACUGUGCAGAUUUUGCUGUUCAACAAGCGACACAUUGAGUAAUAUUUAUUCAACAGAAAAUCGUAUCAAAAGUAAAGCUCCGUUGCCACUGCAAAUCAUUUCCACCAUAUCAAUUGAAGUUUUUACAAACGAUGGUAUGCCCUCGUUGAUAUGUGACUCUUGUCGUCUUUUGAUGGAUUUCUGCUACCGUUUCAAGCAAAUGUGUAAAAAAGCCGACACAUUGCUGAAGCAAUUUCCACUGACUGGUACAUGGCCGGAAAAAUUGGUUCUUCCACAAUAUCCCGACGAGUUGCUAAAGGCGCCGGUAAAAUUUACUGUCCCUCAAGCCAUCAAACGAGAACCUAGCAACGAACAGGUUUUCGAAAUAUCGCCAAAGCGCAUACGAACCGAAUUGCCAAGACCUUCGUCAAAAAGUCCAACGAAAUCACCGCCAAGUACGUCUCAACCUACAAUCAAAUUCUUGAACCGAUCAUCACAGUCGAAUGCAUCCAGCGCCGUCAAUUCUAAGCAUAUUGUUGUUGUAAAAGGUGAAACGGGGAACGAAGAAAUCGAAGUUAUCGAAACACCAGUGCCAGAAGCGCCAGCUCCAGCACCGAAAAUUCUUAACAAAAAUCCCAAAAUUCUCAACAAAAAUGCGAGAAGUUACGCUGAGCCGAAACUUUGCGAGCCAAUCAUUCGCACCGACGAUCAAGGAAAUGUGGAAAUUGUUACAGUGAUUUUAGAGAAUGAACAGGAUCCGUUGAAAGUUGCCGAUCCAGUCGAGACCAAUGUUUUUCCAUGUCCAUACUGUGAACGCAGCUUUCCAUUGAAACAGUUAUUGGACAUUCACGUCACGAAUCAUACAAGAGAACGAAAAUUUUCUUGCGACAUUUGCGAGAAGUUAUUCUUCAGCAAGUACGAUCUGUCCAAGCAUGCUCUCAUUCAUUCCGGGGAGAAACCGUUCCAGUGUGUGGUCUGUUCGAAAUCGUUUUCUAGAUCCACAUUGCUGUCACGUCACGAAAAAAUUCACGUCGAACAACCGAAGCAUGUGUGCUCCUUCUGUGACCGAAAAUAUUUGAAUGCCGAAGAUUUGGAGAAGCACAUCGAACGACAUAAGAAGAAUCGUCCAUUCCCAUGCAAUUUGUGUGGAAAAAGUUUUGCCUUCAAACAAGGACUCGAACGACACGAAGUGAUUCAUCAGAAAGAUCAACCCUACCAAUGCGAACACUGCGAUCAAAGUUUUUCCACUCCAAACAAAUUGGCUCGUCAUUUAACGGCACAUGCUGGCCAACGCCCGUUCCCAUGUCGACUAUGUCCAAAGUCGUACUUGCUCAGUCAUCAUUUGACUCGACACCUUCGCUCACACAAGGAUGGCGAAGGAUCGUACAAAUGUAGCGAUUGUGACAAAUUGUUCACCGUUCGAGACGAUUUGAUUUACCAUUCGGCUAUUCAUGCCACUCAAAAUUUGACUUGUCCAUUGUGCAAGCUGAAAUUCAACAGCUUAGAUGACGUCACUGAUCACAUCAAAUCCCAUACACUGUCCGAGCAAUAUGCCUGCGAAUUCUGUGAUCUAAUCUUUACCACGGAAGACCAGCUCGUUUCCCACAGUCAAGUGGAACACUCUGAUGAACAGGCCGCUUAUGACGAGGACGAUAAAACACGCAAAGGCAAAGAGACCGAGAUCGAUUAUCAUGAGACACUUUUUGUUGAACCGUUCGAACAGAAACCGUUAAACAUUAUCAACGAACCAGAUAAUCAGGAUGAAAAUAUGUCUGAUGGAACGGACGUCCCAUACACAGGCGAGGUGGAAGAGUUCGCUUUACUCUCUGUAAAGAAAUCAACCAACCGCAAGGUGUUCAAAGGCAACAAUCGUGAUGUGGAAAAGCGACUGACCCGUUCAGCUGAUCUAAAGAAGACAAGUCCUUCGGCCAAACUGCCAGUACUAACGAAAGUGAACAUCCAAAAUGUUCCCAAGGGCAUCACAAUUACCAAGAAAACAGUAGCGGCUACUCAAAAACCAAUCGCCGAAGCAACUACGAAGUCUGAAAAUGAGACUAAAUCGAAGAAAACCACUCCGGACUCCAGUCCAGACAGUAAGCCGAGUGGAUCGCAGAAAUUAGCCGUAAAAGCAAAGCCUGAAGCCAAGAAUACGUCUCCGAAAAGUGCGGCCAAUGACGUACAGAAAGUUAAACUGACGAAAGCUCAGGUCGCUGCUAUGGCUAAAGAAGGUAAAAUAGCCGUCAAGGAUGGUAAAGUUUUUUUAAGGAAUGGUUCGAGCAAAACGGCGAAGUAGAAAAUUAUUCGAUAGAAGCGGACAGGCGAUGAAGAGGGUAAGUUUUAUGAUGGAGACUAUCGUUAGCGCGGUAUUUUAUUUUUAUUUUGAUGCUUGGGGUAAAUUACACUCGGAGUGAUAUGGAAAUCGGACACAAUUCUCUUCGUUUGUUAGCGUGAACAGUUGCAAACGUGUAUCCUAAAAAAUUCAGUGCGGAAAUAUCUACUUCCAUAUGGGUCCCACAAACGUGAUGCAGAUAAACAUAGGAAAUACCUUUACACUCAGAAGAAAAUCCUUUGUUAUUGAAGUCCUUAAAUCCUUCAAAAGUCCUUCAAAAUCAAGGGAUAAUCCUUAAAAAUCUAGUAAAAUGUUUGAAAGUUCAUUCGAAUCCUAGAAAAUCCUUCGAGGAUUUUCUCAUAGAAAAACCUUCUGGACUCAAAAUACAUAAUUUUGUCCCUUCGUCUACGUGAUAGCAAUUGUGUCGUAUCUCAUUUUUUUCUGAUUGUAAUUUACACCGAAAUGCAAUAUAAUCCCUCAGCGUAGAGGAAAUGUUUCUGAUUACUGGUCCAAACAAUUAAUCUACAUUUAGGGAUUGUUACAUUUCGCCAUGGUUUGUGUACAUUUAAUGCUUUCUAAUCUAUCUAUCGAUAUAAUAUUACCGUUAUUUGCUCAAAUGCUGUAGCAACUAUUGCUGGUAACUUCAAAUAAGUAAAGUGAAUACAAGAUCUAUAAUUCUUGAGGGGGAAACCACUAGCCAGAAUUUGAAAAAAUAGUUUCAAAAAUUCUGAUGUACGAAACAUUACAAAAAUUUUGACCAACAUGCAGAUUUAAAUCAUUGAUAACUCACUAAAUAUGCGUUCGGGAGAGUCCAACGAGUGUUUUACCCCCAAUGAGUGGAUAUAUUUGGGGGUAGAACACAUAUUCGACUCACGACAAUGCAUAUUUAUGGAGUUGUAAAUGAUUUCAAUCUGCUGGCAGCACUGAAAAAUGCGAACGUCAUUAUUUAAUAAGAUUUGGCCAAGUCAUAAUUCGGAAGCGGUAAAAUUUAGGGGAAUAAAUGGUCUAAGAAAGACCCAAUACCUAAAAAUGUCAUCUUUGGAAUAUUUUUUGGAAAAUUGUUUGUCUUGAUCAAAAAUCAUCCACAAAACAUACAAAUUGCUUACAAUUCUCUAAUUGACCGUAAACAGUUUUUUUUUAUUAUUUAUUUUUCAUGUCCCAGAAAGGACUCAUGUAAUUGCAUUUAAUGAAGAUGUAAUGAAUUAACAGUUCAACCCAAAUAUCAUUUUUCAAUAAAGCUUAUCAG